GGAACAAAAGUAACCCAACCCUGAUUUAAAAGUGAAAACAAUUGUGCAGAACGAUUUGUUAAAUUGUGAUUUAUAGCGAAACAGCUGAAUGAAAGCAUUUGAAAGCUCAAUUCCGGUCAAUGAUUGUGACAGUAUAUUGUAAUCGUGGCGUUUGUAAGUGAUAAUUCAAGUUUUGAAAGCUAUUUCCUGGCAAAAAUGCAAGGAAUACCUCAAAAAGAAAAAGAUGACCCAGUGGUCUUGGCUGUAGGAACUCAAGUAAGUGCAAAGUACAAAGGAGCAUUUUGUGAAGCAAAAGUGAGAACAAUCGUGAAAAAUAUAAAAGUUAAGGUUGCGUAUCGACGAGGAGGAACAGGUAAUGUGUCUGAUGACGACAUUAUCGGUGAAAUACGUAUAGGAAACGUAGUUGAAGUUCGUGAUCUUGAUAAAAAGGAAACAUUGGAAGCAACAAUCACAAAAAUUCAAGAUUGCUCACAAUACACGGUCGUCUUUGAUGACGGUGACAUCACAACAUUGAGAAGAAGUGCUUUAUGUCGUCAAAGUGGAAAACAUUUCAAUGCAUGCGAUACUUUAGAUCAAUUACCAUUAACACAUCCAGAACAUCGCGGUGGUGGUAAACGAUCAAAGACGCAAGACGAAUGGUCAGACGAAGAUGAAGAAUAUGCGAUUGGAAAAGUGAUUUGCGUUGAAAACACUGACACGAAGAAGAAAAAUGCAAAAGAAAGUUAUUUUCCAGCACUAGUAGUAGCUCCUAAAGCUCAAGAAACAGCUAAAAUUCAUAUUAAAACUGAAUAUCUCGUUCGAUCAUUCAAAGAUGGUCGCUAUUACACUGUACCCAAGAAAGAAGUGACAGAAUUCACAAACGACACAGCACAAAAGUCAGACAUCACUGCAGUUAAUGCUGCGCGAGAAUAUCUCGAUAAGAACGUCUUACCAACUCAUUGGGAUCGUGAAGUUCUCAUCGAUUCAGCAAGUUUAAGCGAACAAGAACUUUCUGACAGUUCAGACGACGAGCCAAAUGAAGUGAAAGAUCGAUUCUUUGCACAAUUGCUGGAGUUCAUGGAGAAACGAAAUUCGCCAUUAAAUAAAGGCCCAAGUAUCACAAAUCGAGAUGUUGACCUUUAUCGGCUUUAUUAUUCAGUUGAAAAACUUGGUGGCUAUGCAAAUGUAACGAAAAUUCACAACUGGAAGGCGAUAGCAAAGAGAUUGGGCUUCAUGCCCACUGAUGCUAUUGUUAAGCUUGUGAAACAUUCUUAUCGUAAAUUCCUGCUCGCUUUUGAAGAAGCUGUAAGCAAAGGAAUUGAAGAACUUCCACCAAGGACUAACAGAGAUAAAGCAAGAAGUAGUUCAACUCGAUCGGGAUCGGUUGCAUCACCAAAAGUACCAGAAAGUACAAAAGCAUCAUCAAAGAAGUCAAUUGAUAAGCCAAGCACAAGCAGUAUCGCUGAUGAUUCAGAAAACACGAAUGAAUCAACAAAGUUAACAACAACAAGAAAACUUUCGACAGCAAGCAAUAAAGUGAAAGUAAUCGUUGAAAAAUUUGAGGAGAACACAAAAGAAAAGGAGAAAGAAAAGGAAAAAGAGAAGGAAAAAGAUAAGGAAAAGGAGAAAGAAAAGGAAAGACAAACAUCUAAAGACGAAGAACCGUCAACGUCAUCAUCGCCAGCUCCAUCAUUGGUUCCACGAAGAGAGAAGACGAAGAAGAAAUUUCCUGAAGCGAAGAAGAAGAAGGAAGACAUAAUUGACAAGAAGGAAGUGACAGUGACAGCAAAGGCACCACAUUCAGGGCCAAUCAUACCUGACGAUAUUCUCAUUGAAGUUGAUGAUCGUUUGAAAGUUUAUUAUCGUGGUUCUUCUGAUUACGAAGCGAAAGUUCUUGAGAUUAGUGCACAAGAAGGGAAACCAAUUUAUCGUGUUCAUUACAAAGGGUGGAAUGCGCGAUAUGACGAGUGGAUUCAUCGUGAAAGUAUCGCAGAGAACUUGACGAAAGACGAGCCGAAAAAGCGAUCGGGAUCAGCAGCAUCAAAGAAUUCCACGCCGUCAACUGGUUCGAGUCUUACAACGCCAACAAGUAAGAAUGCAAAACGAGGUCGCAAUCGAGCUGACACAACAGCUUCGUCACGUUCAACAACUCCAUUGUCGAAUACUUCGGGAAAGGGAAAACCAACUCAGAAAAGAAUUACGCGUGGUGGUGCGCCAGCAAAUAAAUCAUCACGACGACCAUCAAUUAAUGACGAUAACUCGACAGAGUCUGAUGAACCGAUAAAGAAGCCAAGCAGCAAUAAAGAUCAAGACAAAAAAGACGACUCGAAAGUAAUCGGCGGAAUUCAAAAGUCAGCGUCGUCAGAUUUGAAUGAAAUUCGAUCGGAAUUGAAGAACAUUAAAGAUAUUAAAUCAAGUGAGAAAGGAGGACAACAAGAUGCUGCAUCUGGUGAAAUUGGAUCGAAAUCAGAUGACGAAAAGUCAACAAAGUCUUCAAUCAAGUCUGGCAAGUCGCCAUUUGAUGUUAAAGCAAAAUUAAAGCCAACAAUUCAAAGAGAUUCAAGUCGUUCAUCGUUUCAUUCAAGUGACUCUGAUUCAUCACAUUCAGUUCCGAGUGAUGUUCCAAACAGCUCGAAAAGUGCUUACACAAGUGACAACGAAUCGAAUGGACCUGAGAAAGUUCCGCAAGCAACAAAAGCUGCUGAUGCAAAGAAAUCUUCAUUUCGCUUUGGUGAAAUUGGUGAGACGAGUGAUUUGAAGAACCAUCCACCAGCAAUUGACACUUUCUUUGAUAAAGGUGACACGAAACAACAACCGAAUGACGCUUCUGCGAUGUUCACAAACAAAAAGCCGAACAUUUUCCAUGAAAAGAAACUAACACAACAACGAAUUGCUAGUGAAGGUAAAGUUGGUCGUUUUGGUCAAUUAGAGAAAUCACUAACAAAAGAUUCGCCAUCAUCAUCAUCAUCAUCAGCAGCUGCAAAAGGAAAAUCAAAAGAUUUGAAAGCAGUUUUAGAUGAUCAGAAGCCAACUGAAAGUGAUGUUUAUGAGUUUAAAGAUACGGAAGAAUUUUCAGAUACGAAAACGCCGCCAUCAUCAACGCCAUCGUCAGCGAAGAAGGAUCCACCAGUUGAUGGUCUUACAAAGAAACAACAGUUGGCACAGCAAAAGAAACAAGCGAGAUUAUUACAAAAGGAAGCUCAAGAAAGUGCAAUGUGUGAAGAUAUUGAAAGUAUGAUUAAAACAUCGAUCGUUCAGUCGAAUAAGAAACGAAAGAAAUCGCCAUUGAAGGAAGAGAAAGUUCAACAACCAUCGUCAAUGAUUGUGACACGAACGCCAGGAAAUGUCAAUCAACAACAGUCACAACAACCUUCAGUGACAUCAAGUUACGCAACUUGGACACCAGUGACAGAAUUGUACGGUUCGAAAGGCGUCGUGGUUCAAUCAACGACAACAAAUAAAGGAAUGAAACAUGAAUCAACAUUUGAUGUGUUAAGAAAAUCGCCAAGUUUCAAUAUGCACGUCAUGGAUGAUUUUCCAGUUGCAAAGCCGCAAGCAUUUCCACCGUCAUCAAGUGGCAGUCGAAGUGCUGUUAAAAAUCUUUUUAGUAGUCAACAAGAUCUUGAACAUCAACACGAAUUGCUGAAGCCAAUUAUGGUGCCGACAAAUGAUGAUGAAAAGCCUGAGCUUGAAGCAUUUAAGAAGAUUUUAGAGCCGUCGUAUGAUCUUCUUCCGAAAGCUGAAAAAUCAACUUCAAUUGUUGAUAAAUUAUUAAAAUCAAUGAAUAAAAAGGAAGAAGAAUCAGCAUCGAUGAAUCUGAACACAUCAACAAACUCAUCGUCAUUAACAACAACAUCAGCAAUGACAGAAGUUGUGAUGAAGAAAGAAGAAAUAAAAGUUGAUCCUUAUACAUUCAAAGCUAAGUCACCGCCGCUGGGAAAUAUUGGUGGAAAGAAGCCGCUACUUGUGUCACCAGAAAUGAAAGUUGUCGAUGAGAAGAUCAGAGGCGGAAAUGUUCAAUUGCAAGGAACAAUUCAAAAGCUUGAAUCAGCUGUGCAAAGAUCAGCAACGCCAAUUCGUGGUCUUGACAUAUCUGCAAGUGAAAGUAACAUUAAGAAGCAAGCUGAUGACUCUGACACUGAUUCUGAUCCACGACUUGUGAUUGAAGAUGAAAUGAUGGCGAUUGACGCAAUGACUGGUGGUGAGAAGAGAAAGACUCAGAUGGGAGUUUUGGAAUCGAUCAUGAUGCAAGAUGACAUUCAUUACAAGCACUCAAGUGGAAAGGACGAAGAUGGAAAGAAGUCGGAAUCAUCGUCGGGAGAGCAGCAAAGUGAGACGAUGUCAUUGCUGCUAUGUGAAGAGACAAUUCCAGGUUCACCAGCUCCAGUUCAAGUGAAAGACCCAUUAAGUGAGAUUGGAAGAAGUCCAUCGUCAUCAUCAGGGGGUUUCGUUCAUCCACCAACAAUGCCAUCACAAUCAUCAUCGAAUUAUAUGAAAUAUCCUGGCGGCAUCACGACCGCUUUUCUCCAUCAACAAUAUCAGUCAUCAGCAUCACAUCAAACAAAUCUUAAACAGAUUCCAAUGGACAUUGACACGGAUGUUGUUGGUGAGUCGGCGACUGGUGAUAUUUUACGUGACAAGCUGAAAGCUGAUCGUGGAAGUGCAACGAGUAGUGGCAACAACACAAACAACAAUUCAGACAAUUCACCAAGAGAUUCAAAUGAUGAUCAAUCGGAGAAUGAAAAGAAUGUUAAAGCAGAUGCAAGUUGUUCAAAGAAGAGAAAGCGAACGAUGAAAGUUGAAUGCGAUAUUCAACAGAAACGACGACGACCUCAACCACGGAAUGUUGCAAAUGUUCGUGGAAAUUUGCAAGGAAAUGAUUCGGACAGUAAUGAUAAUUCGGAUGUCAAUGCUUUCACUCCCACGCGAUCUCAAUCUGGUGAAAUUCAAGCUGCUACUGGAACAAGUUCAGGGAAGACGCAAUUUAACUUUUUGGUUGAACUUGAUCCAAACCUGUCCAGUAAUCAACGCAUCAACAUCUUAGUGAAAAAGAUUCAAGAGCUCAAGAAAACUUAUCUGAUGAUUAAGAAUGAAAUGAAUGCAAAAGAUCGUCGCAGGAAGAAGCUUCGUCGACGUGAGAGGGAAAAUAAGCAAAAGCAAACAACGAAAGUUAAUUAAAACUUUCAAUUGCUCUAAGCAACCGAAAGAUGAAAGAAAAAUAUAUUUUUCAGAUAUAAUGAAAGUAAUAAUUAUAUUAAUAAGAAAGUUUCAAUGAUCUUAGAGUAUUGAGAGAUUUGUUUUUAUUAUUUUUUUGUCUUUCGUUCCUUCAAUUAAGAAAAGGCAAUUUUUUGAGAAAUUCAAAAAUUUAAAAUCAAAUUUUCUGCAUUUUUUAAUUUCUAUUUUAAAUGUGAAUUUUUUUAUUCUUACUCAAGUUUGUAGCUCUUAAAAUUAUGUGGAAGAAUCUUCUUCUAAUCUGUUUUAUUUAAUACUGAGAAAAAAAGAGAGAAAUGAAAAUUAAUUAAUAAAAAGAAAAGUUUAAAA